AUGCCACAGCCCGCGCCGCAGUUCUUCCCUUUUGAGGAAUUUCUUUGCAGAUGUUGUGGUUGUGGGCAGGGGGAAUAUCUGGAAACCGCGUUGCUUUCUUCAAUUCGACGAGCCGCUCACGACAUGGUGACGCGGUUUGAGGGAAAAGGGGCAACCCAGGCAGGCGGCCAAAAAGGAGAGGAGGUGAGCGGGGGUAUUGUGGGAUUAGAGAAAGAAGCCGUGGGGGUAGUUGGGGAGUUGCUCCUGGGUGUGGUGGCCUUUGGAGUGGUGCUUUUGGGAGUGGUGCUCUUAGGGGUUGUGCUCUUAGGAGUGGCGCUCUUAGGGGUUGUGCUCUUAGGAGUGGCGCUCUUAGGGGUUGUGCUCUUAGGAGUGGCGCUCUUAGGGGUUGUGCUCUUAGGAGUGGCGCUCUUAGGGGUUGUGCUCUUAGGAGUGGCGCUCUUAGAGGUGGUGCCCUUAGGGGGAGUCCCUGUAGGGGUGCUGCUGCUGAGACUGGCAUAA